AUGCUUCCCGAACCGUCUCUGAGCUUCACGCUCCCUAGCCUCCACGAUGACACCGUCUUGGACUGCCGUUUGUAUCAUUGCCAGGCACUGAACCCCUCCGCAUCGAACCCGCCGCCAUGGAGACGACACGCUGCCGUUGUCGCACAUCCCUAUGCGCCCUUGGGCGGUUCCUAUGACGACCCUGUCGUCGACAUCGUUGCCGCCACGCUACUGCGACAAGGCUUCCUAGUGGGGACUUUCAACUUCAGACAGCGAGGUUAUUCGGUCACUCACACGAUGAUCAACAGGGGCGCUUCCGGAUCAGCAGGUCGUACCUCAUGGACGGCAAAGCCAGAACGCAGCGACUACAUGUCAUUCAUUGGCUUCAUGGUCUACUACAUGCACUUCCUCGAUCCCUACGGAUCGGCCAGUGCCCGCUCGCCGACAACGACCCUGUCUCCAGGCCUCCCCGACGCCCAAUCGAAGCCUCCUUCUUACCAACCCCUCCUCCUCAUCGGCGGUUAUUCAUACGGAGCCAUGGUGACGACGCAGAUUCCACCGAUGGCGCACAUUCUCGCACAGUUCAAGGUGCCUGCAGCUGGCUCCGCGGCUGCUGACAUCCGUCUUCGAGCGCAACACCUGGCAGAGCAGCAGAACGUCAUCUUGGCGAGCGCUAGAGCUGCGAGUUCCGUAUCACCGCGAAAGAAAUACCUUGGCAUGCGAGUCGGGGGCGAUGAAGAUACUCAGCGCAAGAGUCACGAAGCUCGAAGAUCCAUGUCGGAAACGAGGAGAUCCUUUUCUAUUGACGCCGAGGAUAAGAUCCGACGGGGCGUUAAUGAUUUACUGGCGAAAACGAAAAGACAUCAUCACAAGGGCGUGGCGGUGCCCCAGGAAAAAUUGGCUACUAUACCUUCGAACCAGGAAGUUUCUGUUGUGGUGGAAGAGGUUCCGAAUCUGACCCAAGUCCGGCCGGCCUAUCUACUCGUAUCUCCGCUGCAGGGAGUCAUUACCCAUCUAGCAGCUAUGUCCUUCCUUCACACAACACCUGGUCGAGGACUGUUCUCGCGGGGUGGAGGAAGACCUAGAGAGCAGGGGGCGCCGACCUUUACGGCGGAUCAAAAACAUCAAAGUGAGAGCAAGCUGAUUGAAAAUGAUACCUUGGCAUUGUACGGCGACAGAGAUAUAUUCGUUCCCGUGGCCAAAUUGCGAGGGUGGGUGGAACGUCUGGAAGGGACCGACGGAUCCCAUUUCCAUGGCGAGGAGGUUUCGUCGGCUGGGCACUUUUGGACGGAAGGGAACGUGGCUUCCGUCCUCCGGGAAAAGGUCUCGGACUUUGCGGCGAAGCUAUUACAUGGGGACAACGAAGGUAGACCAGUCAGUGAACCGGCGUAG